AUGAAGGAUGCGAACAACGUGGUGCUUUGCAAAGGGGUGCCACCAGAUGAGUACCUACCUCUCAAUACAAUCUGCUUCACUGUCAAGAAGUGUGACAGCGUGGACGAUGUCCAGACGGUGAGCGUUGAUGCUGCAUCGACAAUGCUGGCACAGCGAUACCCGGCUUUGGCAUGGGGGCAGCUGAAGAGUAUCCUCUGGGAACACACCCGGAGUGUAUGUAAACCUGCAGCCAGCGACUGGUCGAUUGCGCUGAGUGCUGGAAGCAUGUCGGCUUUGGACAUUGCCAUCGCAAUGUUCCUCAAUCCUGGAGAUACCAUCCUGGUAGAGGAGUUUACAUUCUUGGCAAUGAUCGAUGCCUGUGUCGCCGCAGGACUGCGCUUAGUUCCGAUCUCCUGCGAUUCCAGCGGCCUUUGCCCAGAGUCGCUGGAGUCCGUGAUCGGCUCCGAGCGAUCUGCCGGACGUGUACCAAAGGUCCUGUACACUAUCCCGGUUGGCCAAAACCCCCUUGGGACGCGGCUUCCCGCUCAUCGGUAUCAAGCCAUCUAUGAUCUGUGCACCGAGCAUGGCGUCGUCAUCUUGGAAGACGACGCGUAUUUCUACCAGCAGCACAAUGCCCACGAUAGCUUGGCUGAUGAUGAUGGCAACGCGGUGGGUGAACUGCAGAAUCUGGGGGCCACGUUUGUCUCUAUUGACCACAAAGGCAUGGUCUUCCGCCUGGAGUCCUUUGCAAAGAUGUUGGCCCCGGGUUUCCGGCUUGGCUGGGUCACGGGUCCCAAGCGCUUCAUCGAGGCCUACGAGAAGCUGUGCUACAUCUCGACCCAGCAGGGCAGUUCUCUGGCUAUGGUUUGCCUGGCCUCGCUGUUGUCACAGUGGGGCAGAGACGGAUUGCAGGCCCAACUUCGGUGCCUGCAACUGGGCCUGCGGCGGCGCUGCCGCGCGCUCCUGCGUGCUUGCGAGGCCCAUGUGUCGGACUUGGCGACUUGGGCAAAGCCGCAGGCUGGCAUGUUCCUGUGGCUGCAGAUGACGCGGCCGAUAUCGACUUUCUCCAGUGAGGCUCUCGUAGAGAGCAUGCAGCGCCAUGGCGUCGUUGCCAUGCCCGGCUCCUUCUGUUCGCCAGAGCCAGGUCGGCCAGUUCCCUACCUUCGCCUGUCCUUCGUGACGCCGGAAGAGAGCUACCCGGAGGGCCUUCGGCGCUUGAGAGAGGUCCUCUUGGAGCUCAGCCUACCGCUGAAAAGCUCUGAGUCUCAGGAGGCAUAUCCUUCCGGCUGA